CGGGCCGCGCCGAGGCCGCCAUGGCGCUGAGCGGGGCCCUGGCGCUCCGUGUUGCUUACGCGUCCUUCGGUGCCCUGAGCGGCCUCUCGGCCUUCUGCGCCUGGAGCGCCGUGCCCGCGCUGCGCCAGCCCGGCACGGCCGCGGCCGGCGGCCUCUCGGGUGUGCUGGCGCUCUGGGCCCUAAUCACGCAUGUGAUGUACCUGCAGGAUUACUGGAGGACCUGGUUAAAAGGGCUGAGGUUCUUCCUCUCCGUCGGGAUCCUCUUCUCCGCCCUCUCCGGGCUGGGCUUCUGCGCCUUCCUGGCCCUGGCCAUCACCCAGCACCAGUCCCUGACUGACCCCAAGAGUUACUACCUGUCGUGCGUGUGGAGCUUCAUGGCGCUGAAGUGGGCGCUGCUGCUGAGCCUCUACUCGCACCGGUACCGGGCCGAGUUCGCCGACAUCAGCAUCCUCAGCGACUUCUGAGCCUGCCGGGAAAGGCUUGAAAUUUUCCCCGAUGUGUCAAAAGCAGCACCAGAAAAACCCCCAGCGAGCUGGAGGAGUUACUGAAACCACUUUGGUGCCUCGUGACCUUUCCAUGAGAAGUUUGGAUGAAUAUCCUCCCAGAAAAACACUCACUGAAAGAACAAAUUGAAAUGUUUGAGGGAAAAGCCACAGACCCUCCAAAUGUGGGGACAAAAGCCCCUUGGGGUGUGGGGCUGCUCCUUCCUGCACUUCAAAGCUCAUUGUGUUCCUCCCUUGGCUCCGGGAUCCCAGCCCCGAUCCCAAACCUCCCCUCCCCCGGCCAGAACCCUUCUCCUGGUGAAAUUCAAUUCAAUUUUCUUUUAUUUUAAAAGGAAAACAAUAAAAAACAAAACAAAAAAACCCA